GAAAGGGCCGUGGAAUUGGACCCUUCCUGGGAUUCCUUGAUCCUUCCCUUGCUACACCUCUCAAGUAUCUGUUGUUAUCUGUCGCAAGAACAUAUUGAAACAAUGAUUGCGGGAUACUUUUCUCUUAGUCUACUUGCUACGACCGUGAGCGCUGCAAGUAUAUCUGAACUCGUGGGCACUUGGUCAACAAAGUCCCGCAAGGUUGUUACAGGUCCGGACUUUUAUGAUCCGAUAAAUGAUAAAUUCCUUGAACCGGAUCUCACUGGUAUCUCCUACUCUUUCACGGAGGAUGGCCACUAUGAAGAGGCGUACUACCGCGCCGUUGCCAACCCCGUGGAUCCUUCGUGUCCUAAAGGUAUUAUGCAAUGGCAGCAUGGAAAGUUUGUCUUGAACAGCGACGGAUCCCUUGAAUUGACUCCUAUUGCCUCGGAUGGCCGUCAGCUACUUUCAGAUCCUUGUAGCUCUAGUGUCGCAACAUACACUAGAUACAAUCAGACAGAGACCUUCAAUUCUUUCCAGGUUUCCAAAGAUCCUUACCAUGGGAUUCAACGGCUGGACCUCAAGGGUUUUGAUGAUUCACCAAUGCAUCCAAUGUACCUUGUGUAUCAGCCGCCGCAGAUGCUGCCAACAACCACCUUGAAUCCGGUGUCCGAGACGGGAAAAAGUAAACGUCAUGUUCCCCGCGAUACCGACCGCUCGCCUGGAGUGAGGAACUUGAUUACAAAGGAGGAGCUUACCAACCCUGACCGGUGGCUGUGGGCUGGUGUGUUUGCGACUGCUCUGGGUGGCAUUACCUUAUUUUACUCUUGAUUGAGCGAGAAGCUUGGAAGGGCCGAUGCCUUAAUCAACUCGACUUCCCAGCGGCUAUGGAGUUCGGUAAACAUGUCAAAUGGAGGUGCUUGGGACGGUAUUCUAAAGGUUGGGAUCACUGGAGUUUUUGCAUACAAUUUGGCGCUGGAGGAAUUUCAAUUUGGUGUUUGAUCAUCUAAUCUUAUCGGUAUAGAGGCCAGGGUUGCCCGUCCUGGUGAAUGUAUGGGUUUACGCAGUUCAUAUACAUAUAAUGAUU